AUGCCCAUCUUUUCUCGUCUUCAUUCUUCAAAGGACACGCAUCGGUCUCUUAUUCCGGAUGUAAAUAAUGCUCAAGUUGACCUAACUUAAAUAGUUCGCGGAAGAUUCAUCAGUGGGGCUCGACAGCGGUGCUUGUCUCUCAUUUAAAGCGUUGGGUCUAAUGGGAGUCGAUAUAGCUUCAUUCUUCACACUCCGACGGGGGUGGUGAAUUGCGAAUAACGCGCCUGAUCUCUUUUUUCCUUGACCAUUGAUUUUUGCAAUGUGAGCUUGUUCGACUCUGCUGUGUCUUUAGGCAUUAAGAGGAUUUUCCCCAUCGCUGUUUAAUCACGCUUCGGUCUUGAAUCGAUUCAUUUGGAAACCAUUUGGACUAUAUAACAUCCAGACACCUGGACCUUUUGAUUGACUACCAGGGGAGACAGUGCUGACCUUUGUGGAAGAUUUUUGUUUGAUCUCCAUCUUUCAGAGACAACGGGGUGUUCUUAUCAAAACAGUUGCUGAGGAAUCAUUGACGAAGAUAGGGGGAGAUAGAGACGAGGGGAAUACGAGAUAACGCCAGUGGUGGGGGAACAUGCUGCCUUCGCAAGAUGCUUCCAAGAUUUACCAUGACAACUACACGCGGAACUCGCGGGCCAUUGGGGUUCUGUGGGCUAUAUUCACCAUAUGUUUGGCCAUUAUUAACGUAGUGGUGUUUAUUCUGCCCUACUGGAUUGGGGACAGCGUGAACACCCCACACGCAGGCUAUUUCGGCUUGUUCCACUACUGCGUGGGCACUGGAAACUCCAACCGGGAGCUCACUUGCCAAGGAACCUUCGCCGAAUUCAGCGGCAUCCCCUCGAGCGCGUUCAAAGCUGCCUCCUUCUUCGUGUUGCUGUCCAUGGUGCUAAUCUUGGGUUGUAUUGCCUGCUUCACCCUUUUCUUAUUCUGCAACACUGCCACUGUCUACAAGAUGUGCGCCUGGAUGCAGCUGCUAUGCGCUGUGUGUUUGCUCCUGGGCUGUAUGAUCUUCCCGGAUGGCUGGGAUGCGGAGGUGGUACGCGACAUGUGUGGCGAGGAGACAGGGAAGUACACGCUGGGAAACUGCUCGGUGCGCUGGGCCUACAUGCUGGCCGUCGUUGGCAUCAUGGACGCCCUCAUCCUCUCCUUCCUGGCCUUCGUUUUGGGCAACCGGCAGAAUGACUUCCAGCUGGAGGAGCAGCUCAAAGCAGAACAGAAAGGUGAGGCGCUAAUGAUUCUAAGCUAA